AUGCAGACUGCUUCUACAAACAUUUGUGAAAGACUGUGCAAUAAGUCCAUUCGUAAAAUGUCCUUGUUACUAAAUAUUCCACGGUCAACUGUUAGUGGUAUUAUAAAAAAGUGGUAGCAACUGGGAACAACAGCAACUCAGCCAUGAAGUGGUAGGCCACGUAAAAUGACAGAGCGGGGUCAGCGCGUGCUGAAGCGCACAGUGCGCAGAAGUCACCAACUGUCUGCAGAGUCAAUAGCUAAAGACCUCCAAACUUCAUGUGGCCUUCAGAUUAGCACAACAGUGUGUAAAUGCUUCAUGGAAUGGGUUUCCAUGGCCGAGCAGCUGCUUCCAAGCUUUACCAAGUGCAAUGCAGUCAGAUACAGUGCUGUAAAGCAAGCCACCACUUUACUCUAG